AUGGCGUUACCGACUGCUUUAAGGAGAGCCACUGCUUCUGGUUUCUUCUCCAAGCUGAUCAAGCCUCAUGAUCAAGGUUUGGAAUUGCUUACAGGAUUCACUUUUCUCCUCUGGCACAUAUGGAAGAAUAGGAACCUUCUUUCCUUUCAACACCAAAGCUGCCCCUUUAGUGAGGUUAUCUCCAAAGCGUUGAAUCACCAUGAUGAUUUCUAUGAGUCUCAACAACAACAAUCAGCUUCCCAAAGGAUAGUGGUUCCAGUAGCAACUCACAUUCUUCCUCUCCCCAGUGAGUACAUCAAAAUAAAUUUUGACGCUGCUGUUAAUGGACAAGGGAAUUAUGGAGCUGUGGCAGCCUUAGCUCGAGACCAUCGAAAUCAACCUUGUAGAUGGGUUUGUAGAAGAUACCUUGCUAUCACAGACCCCCUCACUCUUGAGUCAUUAGCUUUUAGAGAAGCACUCCUUCUGGCAAAGGCAAAGGGCUUUGAGAAAGUUAUAAUAGAAGGAGAUUGUCAAGUGGUUAUUCGGUUACUCAAUGGAGAGAGUAUUCUAACUCCUUUAGAAAUACAUGACAUUCUCAAUGAUGUUAAAAUGCUCUCAGCUGAUUGUUUUGAAAUUUCCUUUUGUUAUGUGAACCAAUCAUGUAAUCAGGCUGCCCAUUGUCUAGCUGCUAUCACUCUUAGGGAUGACACUUUCUUGUAUAAUCCUUGGCAGCAAAUUAUUAUUGUAACAUCUCUUUUGGCCACCUUAGGCCUUCAAUGA